UAUUGGUAAUGAUAAAAAUUGUAUAUUGAAAGUUGAAACGACGUUGUCGUUUUGUGAGUGUUGUUACUUGAUCCGUAAAACAAUUUAUUACUAAAAGUCGAUUCUUUUUUGAAUUUUCAAGUAUAGGCGUUUAGGUGAAGCUAUCAGUGCAUCGUUUUUAAUUUCAAGAGUAACAAUGUCCAACGAGAACUCAAAAAAUUUUUCUAAUUUGGAGACACCAGGGUAUGUUGGAUUUGCCAACUUACCCAACCAAGUCCACAGGAAGUCGGUGAAAAAGGGUUUUGAGUUCACUCUUAUGGUGGUUGGUGAAAGUGGUCUUGGGAAGUCCACACUUGUCAAUUCCCUUUUCCUGACUGAUCUGUACCCAGAACGAGUUAUUCCUGAUGCCAUCGAAAAAACUAAUCAAACAGUGAAAUUGGACGCUUCAACGGUGGAGAUAGAAGAGCGUGGUGUUAAAUUGCGUCUGACUGUUGUUGACACCCCCGGCUAUGGGGACGCCAUUGACAAUACAGACUGCUUCAGGUCUAUUAUACAGUAUAUAGAUGAGCAAUUCGAACGGUUCCUCCGAGACGAGAGCGGUCUCAAUCGUCGUAAUAUCGUCGACAACCGCAUACAUUGCUGCUUUUAUUUCAUAUCGCCGUUUGGACAUGGACUUAAACCUCUGGACAUCGAAUUCAUGAAACAGCUCCACAACAAGGUUAACAUAGUACCGGUCAUCGCCAAGGCUGAUUGUUUGACCAAGAAGGAAGUUCAGCGUCUGAAGUCUAGAGUUAUGGAAGAAAUUGAGAGAGAGGGAAUUAAGAUUUAUCCUUUACCAGAUUGUGAUAGCGACGAGGAUGAAGAUUAUAAGGAACAGGUCCGUCAGUUGAAAGAGGCGGUUCCAUUCGCUGUGUGUGGCGCCGGUCAACAACUGGAAGUGCGCGGUCGUCGCGUGCGUGGACGACUGUACCCUUGGGGAGUGGUCGAGGUCGAAAACCCGGAUCAUUGCGACUUCAUCAAGCUGAGGACCAUGCUUAUCACGCACAUGCAAGAUCUCCAGGAAGUUACUCAAGAGGUGCACUAUGAGAACUACCGUUCUGAAAGACUCGCUCGCAACGGACAAAUACCCAAGAGGCAUACAUCUACCGAGAGCGGUCUCAGUGAAGCUGACUCCGGUUUGACGAACGGAUCCAACGAGGAUGCUUCGGAACGCGAGCGUGCACUGCGCGAAAAGGAGGCCGAGCUCCGUCGGAUGCAGGAGAUGCUGGAACAGAUGCAGCGUCAGAUGCAGCUUCAGGCUGCCGCCAACACCUCCGCAUAGUGUAUGACCGCCGCACAGCUGAAUGUGAAUACGACUGUUCAGCUGGCGGGGGCGUGUGACGUCGUCAACACCAUAUUGCACGCCAUACCAUACUGCGUUACUAAUUUGUAACAUGACAAACGUAUAAUCAACGACACAAGUGUUCUAACGAUUAAAAGUUUAAUAUUCCUUAAUAUAUAUAUAUAUAUUUACUACUGUAAUCGAAUAUAUGGUCUGGUAUAAAGACAGAUAUUAAUCAUACAUUAAACAUUAGUCUAGAGUAAUUAUUUUAAGCAUAGUUCUGUCGUUGACUGUACUUUCCACGCACUAUUUUUUUUUACUCGAUUUACAGCACAAUGUAGGUGCGAGAAGUGUCUUGUAGUGUUUAAGUUAAACGAUUUGUGUCAAUGUUUUUAUCUAGCUUUACACUCGGCUAACAGCUCAACUCCAGGCAACAUGGCUAAAUAGUUUAAAAAAUCUCAGCUCAGCCACACGACCGUUUAAUUUCAUAUAAUAUUAAAUAUUAAUAGUUUUAUUUAAUUAAAAAAAAAAAACCUAAUUCGAGUUGAGCUUAGCUUAGUAACGAACGCAUUUAAAAAUCUUUCCGCUAUAAUUAUAAUUUUUUUUGAUAAUAGAUUAUAAACGUUCCUUCCAUUUACAUGACUAAUAGAAUCUAUACAAUAUCUGUCUGUAGUGUUAGCUUUAAAAAGAAUAUAUCUUCAUCGAAAUACUAUUGAUGUUGUCUAGAUGUAGUUAGACUGUUAUUUGCAAUAAUUUAGCGGAAAUAAUUAUAAACUAUGCAUUCGAAUAUAAUAUGCAUUCGAAUAUUUACU